GUUCCGCCCGGAACCUUGGUGCUUGGUGCCCGGAACCUGGCGCCGACGGACUGCUUAGGGUGGGCGCCGGGGCGGGACGGGGAGGAUGCGCCCGUUGUCCGGGGUUACGGUGGAUAAGAUGGCGGCGAGCGGGGACUGUGCGGGCGGCCGCAGCGAGAGUACUGAAGUCAAUUCCAAAUGGCUGGACGCCCAUUAUGACCCCAUGGCUAACAUCCACACUUUCUCUGCGUGCCUUGCACUUGCGGACCUCCAUGGGGAUGGCGAGUACAAGCUGGUAGUGGGGGACCUGGGUCCUAACGGUCGGCAGCCUCGACUAAAGGUACUCAAGGGACCAUCGGUGCUGACUGAGAGCCCACUGCCUGCCCUGCCAUCGGCUGCCGCUGCUUUUCUCAUGGAGCCCCAUGAGCCUCGGACCCCAGCGUUGGCACUGGCCUCCGGCCCCUGUGUGUACGUCUACAAGAACCUUCGGCCCUACUUCAAAUUCAGCUUGCCCCCCCUGCCUCCUAACCCCCUGGAGCAGGAUCUCUGGAACCAAGCCAAGGAGGACCGGAUUGACCCUUUGACCCUUAAGGAGAUGCUGGAGGGGAUCAGGGAGAAGGCUGAGGUGCCUCUGUCCUCGCAGUCCCUCAGGUUCUUGCACCUGGAGCUGGGAGAAAUGGAAGCUUUUGUUGCUCAGCACAAGACUCAGCCCAUCAAGCGGCAGACAGUCAUCACGACAAUGACCAUCCUGAAGAAGAACCUGGCUGACGAAGAUGCCGUGUCCUGCCUGGUGCUGGGGACCGAGAACCGGGAGCUCCUAGUGCUGGACCCCGAGGCUUUCACUGUCCUGACGAAGAUGAACCUGCCCAGCGUCCCUGUGUUUCUGGAGGUGUCAGGGCAGUUUGACGUGGAAUUCUGGCUCACGGCUGCCUGCCGGGACGGUAACAUCUACAUCCUGAGAAGGGACUGCAAGCGCCCUAAAUACUGCAUCGAGCUGAACGCCCAUCCUGUAGGGCUCGUCCGGAUCCACAAGACCCUCGUGGUGGGCAGCACCCAGGACAUGCUCCACAGUUUCACCCACAAGGGGAAGAAGCUGUGGACGGUGCCCAUGCCAGCGCCCAUCCUUACAAUGAGUCUCCUGGAACAGCGUUCCCGGGGUCUGCAGGCCGUCAUGGCAGGACUGGCCAAUGGGGAGAUGCGCAUCUACCGAGAUAAGGCCCUUCUCAACAUUAUCCGCACUCCUGAUGCAGUGACCAGCCUCUGCUUUGGCCGCUAUGGACGAGAGGAUAAUACCCUUAUCAUGACGACUCGAGGUGGGGGCCUGGUUAUCAAGAUUCUGAAGCGAACAGCAGUAUUUGGGGAAGGGGCUGGAGAGGCAGGUCCCCCCCCAGCCCAAGCCCUGAAGCUCAGCGUGCCUCGAAAGACCAGACUCUAUGUGGACCAGACUUUGCGGGAGCGAGAGGCAGGCACCGCCAUGCACCGAGCCUUCCAGAUGGACCUCUACCUGCUCCGGCUGCGGGCAGCUCGCGCCUACGUGCAGGCUCUGGAGUCCAGCUUGAACCCUGUGUCCGCCACCCUCCGGGAGCCCCUCAAGCUACAUGCUGUGGUUCAGGGCCUGGGGCCCACCUUCAGGUUGAUCCUUCAUCUCCAGAACACCUCUGCUAUCCGCCCUGCCUUGGGCCUGCUGGUCUCCUUCCUGUACAAUGAGUCCCUCUACGCCCUGCCCCAGGCCUUCUUCAAGGUUCCCAUGUUGGUACCCGGCCUCAGUUACCCCUUGGAGACCUUUGUGGAGUGUCUCAGUGAUAAAGGCAUCUCAGACGUCAUCAAGGUGCUGGUGCUUCGUGAGGGCCAGAGCGCACCCCUGCUGAGCGCCCACAUCAGCAUGCCUGUGAGCGAGGGGCUGGUGGCUGCCUGAGCCAGGACUGGCCAAGAGCAAGCAGCAGCUGGGUGCCAACCUUCACGUAGAGGCAGGAAGUGGAGGCCAGCCCUGUGAGGGGGCUUUGGAGGCAGUGGGCAGAGCCUCCCAGCUUACCGCAGCUGCUCUCUGGGACUCCUCCUGGAAGCCACACCUCCCAGAACAUCUUCCUCCUCCCCCUAAGGCCUGGCGGCAGGGCUGCUAUCAUUAAACAAGUUAGGACCCUCCGGGCAGCCUGGCCUCCUCCUCCUCUCUCAGGAGAGCAGCCUCAUUAGGAGUCGGAGGCCCCUGGCCCAUUUCCAGCUCUCCCUGCCUGUGGGUCCCUUCCCCAUUCUGGCCCCCGAGGCCCCUUGCAGCUCCACACAGGUGACCCUGGGAUGGCUCCCAAGGGCGCUGGGCCCCCCUGCCUACUGCAGGCGGAGCCUUGUUCCAGCCAAGCCCUAUGAGGGAAGUAGAGACUGCAGCAGCAGCUUUUUCCUUAGCCUUGGCCUCAAAUAGCAAGUGUUUAGUAAGCUCCUCUGUGUACCAGGCACAGUGCUAAGCACCAGCCCAAGUGAAGAGCCCUGGCUGGAAAGGCUCUGCACCCACCUGCCCACCACUCCUCAGGGAUUGAGCCUGAAUCAGGCCUCAGCUGAGGGGCCUCUCGUGGACAGAGGGGAGGGAGCAGGGCCCAGCACAGGCCGCCCCCCAGAGGUGAGCCUUCCUCCCUGGAAAUAUAGAGCUUUACACAGGUAGAAUUCAAUAAAGCCUUGGCAUGCACCAGCA